UCCCUCCCAACUCCCCCCUCCCGCCCCCCCGCGCCGCCUCCCCACCACACUCGAAAAAUAAAUACAGGGAGCAAAACCGCUGAAUAGCCCGAAGAGGAGAGAAGCACCCAAGCCCCAGUCAGUUCUAAGACCGAGAGAGGCGAGAGGAAGCCAGGGGGCUCUGCUGCGAAGGGAGAUGGCCGGGAAGGGAGGCAAGGGGCUGCUUGCGGCGAAGACGACGGCGGCCAAGGGCGCCGCCGACAAGGACAAGGACAAGAAGAAGGCGCCUGUGUCCCGCUCGUCCCGUGCCGGGAUUCAGUUCCCGGUGGGCCGUAUACACAGGCAGCUCAAGCAGAGGGUCUCGGCUAAUGGCCGUGUGGGUGCCACUGCCGCUGUGUACUCUGCAGCAAUCCUUGAGUACCUCACUGCCGAGGUCCUUGAGCUGGCCGGCAACGCCAGCAAGGAUCUCAAGGUGAAGCGUAUCACCCCUCGCCACCUGCAGCUCGCGAUCCGUGGAGACGAGGAGCUGGACACCCUCAUCAAGGGCACCAUCGCUGGUGGUGGUGUCAUCCCUCACAUCCACAAGUCCCUCAUCAACAAGACCUCCAAGGAGUGAAUGAAACGCAAUAACGGGUAGUUGUGCUUUGUAUCUUCGUGAUCCCUUGUUAUGUUGUGCUAUCUGUGAUGUGUUGCUAUUAUCACAACCUGAAUAGGUUGUCUGAAUUUGUGAUGGGGCUAGCUUUCGGUAACUUGUUAUUAGGGAAAGACUUGGCAAAUGUAAUCGUGAUAUGGAACCACUUAUAUUUGGUUUCCUGAAGACCAGACAAUCCUUACUAUUCGUCUUCAUGGA